AUGCGAGCUUCAAACAUUCUGGUGACCGCCUUGUGCGCCACUGCGGAAGCAGCAAGCAUCGGGCAAUCCCCGCGCACAAUCCCACAUGGAGUCCAUUCCGAGUACUCCUUCCACGAGUCGGAGCUGAAGCUGCAACUCCUCCUACCUUACUACGAAGAAGACGCCAUAGUCAAGGUGCUAAGCAGCAACUUCACCCCGACCGUCCACUACGUCCGGCGGACCGAUGCCAGCCUCGGGCUCGAGGACAGGGACAUUUGCGCGAAAAUCACUGACUGCGCCGGCCAGGCCGCCGAGUCGGCCGCUGCGUGGGCUGCCGUGGCCCAGGCGACCAUCGGCAGCGGGUGUAACUCGAUCGCCGGCGCCGUCUACGACUUCUUAGUCGCCGACGACUACCAAUAUGCCCGCCAGGUUCUCUUCAAUGACGUUAUACUUGCCCUCAUCGUCAACAUCAUCGCCACACCGAUCCAGUACAAAAUAAACGCCAAGUUGGAUGCCGUCUGGGGCCCUUCCAAUACCAACGACGCCUGCGGUGACUCGAACCCCGAAACCUUCUCCAACAACGCCGCCAGCGCCAUCUAUCAGUUCUGCCGCACCAUUCAGAGCGAGAAGCUCGAGCAGGCCACGACUAAUUAUGAGGCCAUUGACGAAACGUCCACCGAUGUCCCCGGGGGCUACGAGGGGCUCGCCAAGUUCUUCGUCUCCAGCCAGGCGGGCAUCUGGGGCCCCAUCUGUCAUGAUCUGGGCAUCGACUGGAAGAAAAGGCUUCUCAGGCGGUUUGGUUUCUAA